AUGGUUCCAACGUCGCCGUCAACGCCUCGCUCCGUCGCCAUCCCGCUCCUCCAAUCGCCCAUGAUUGGCGACCUCGGCUUCGACCCGCUCGGCCUCGCGACGGCCGACAACCUGCAGCGCAUGCGCGAGGCCGAGGUGCGGCACGGGCGGCUCGCGAUGGUCGCCGCGUGGGGGUGGCCUGUCGCCGAGGUCGGCUUUGCCGUCGCGCAGAGGCUGCUGCCGGUGUCGUCAGUGUGCAGCGGGGACGGGUGCGGCGUGGACCGCACCGAGGCGGGGCGGCAGGCGGCGCUGCAGCUGUCCGACAUCGGACUGAUCUCCGCGUGCUACUGGGGCGCUCUGCUCGCGGCCGCGGCGCGGCGGGGGUGCGCCUUCGACCCGCUGCGACUGCGGCUCGAGUUGGCCGAGCUGAAGCACGGCCGCCUUGCGAUGGCUGCGGUGGCUCUGCACUGGGCCACCAAGCUGGCUGGUGCGAGGGGCUCGGCGGCCGCAGCUUUGGCUGCCGGCGAGACUUGCGUCUACUCGGCCGCCGAGAGCCUGCGCAGUGUGCAGGGCGUCUGUAUGCCGCAGUGGACGGCCGCGCCCUUCGACGCUGUGCUGUCGUACGAGAUCCUCUUCCGCGUCCUCACGGGCUACUUCCGCGAGCCCUACUUCUGA